AUAGUUUGCGGCAUUUUGGUACGAAAUAAUCGUUCGUGUUUCAAUUGCGCAACGUUACUCGUCUGAUUUUCGUCGACGGUGUGCAAAAUUGUGCAUAUUAUAUGCGGAGAAAGUGAUUUGUGUUCUCAUUCUCUUACUGUGGUUGGUGAAUGAAAAACAAAAAUGGCCGAUGGCGUGGAUAUUGAUUUGUACGCUGAUGAUUUGGAGCAGGACUUUAAUCAAAAUAAUGACGAAUUUGGUGGAGAUGGAGGUGAUUUGUAUGACGAUGUUAUCACACCGUCCGGUGAUCAUAGAAACGCUUCAGGUAGUGUUCCUUCCGACAGGAUGGAUGGGAUUGACAGCAACGGCGGCUACCACCAUCACGGAGGAUCGAUGAACCAUAUUGCUAGACGACAUCAGCUGUAUGUGGGAAAUUUAUCAUGGUGGACGACUGACCAAGAUAUCGCAGAUGCAAUAUCCGAAGUUGGAGUUAAUGAUUUUCAAGAAGUUAAGUUCUUCGAAAAUCGAGCUAAUGGACAGUCGAAAGGGUUUUGCGUUGUUUCGCUGGGAUCAGAGAAUAGUAUGCGUUUUGUAAUGGAACGGCUGCCGAAGAAGGAACUGCACGGGCAAAACCCAGUUGUGACAUUACCUACGAAACAAGCGUUGAAUCAAUUUGAAAGUCAGCAGAAAACUAGACCGACACCGCCAGCUCAAGGUCAAUCGAAUGGACCGAGACCGCCAGGCCCUAAUAUGACUAUGGGGAUGGGAGGACCACCUGCAGGUCCCCAUGGCGGACCGGGUGGACCAGGAGGUCCCAGUGGACCUGGCGGUCCAGGUGGUCCUCCCCGAAUGGGAAUGGGCAUGGGUCCCAGCAUGCCGCCUGGAAUGCGACCACCUCACAACCAUCCAAUGCAGGGACCAGGACCGGGACCAAUGCAUAUGCAGGGUCCGCCAGGGCCAGGAGGUCCACCUAGACCACAGCGUUCCUUCCAGGGUCCACCGAUGCAUCAAGGUAACGGGCCUCCACAGCAAGGCCAUCCUCGUUUCCAAAAUCAAGGACAGUGGAACGGGCCGCCCAGAAUGAAUGGCCCGAGACCGGGCGGGCCGGGUCCGAUGCCCCAUAGACCGCAAAUGGUAAAUAAACCGCCGUACCAUUCACAGAGAUCACACAGAUUCACGGAUUAUCCUGGACCACCGUCGCGCGGACCUCGGCCUGAUUGGAAUGGGCCUCCCAUGCAUGGAGGGCCUAGUUUUCCUCCUGGUCCGCCAGGACCUCGCCAAGGACCACCACAUAUGCAGGGACCUGGUCGUGGGCCUCCGAUAGGUGGUCCAGGGCCACAAGGUCCCGCACCACAUGUAAAUCCAGCUUUCUUCAACCAAGGUGGUGGUCCUCCUGGUGGCCAUCCCAACGGUGGGCCUGCGUCGCAUGGACCUCCUUCAGGACAAGGACCUCCGCCACAUUUCAGUUCACAAGGGGGAGCAGCACCCCGUGGUCCUUGGCCACCGGGUCCCAGUGGAAAGCCUCCAGGUGCACCAUUCCCUGAGCAUACUAUAACGCCCCAAUUGAGCGAAGCAGAAUUUGAAGAGAUUAUGACACGAAACCGUACUGUCAGCAGCUCGGCCAUUGCAAGAGCUGUUUCAGAUGCAGCUGCCGGGGAAUACUCGAGUGCUAUUGAAACAUUGGCAACGGCAAUUUCGCUAAUCAAACAAUCUAAGGUGGCACACGACGAGAGAUGUAAGAUUCUAAUUAGCUCCCUUCAAGAUACGCUGCACGGUAUUGAAACGAAGAGUUACAGUAGAAGGGAACGAUCAAGAUCACGAGAUCGCUCUUCGCAUCCGCGUUCUAGAUCUCGCAGGGAACGUUCGACAUCACGUGGUUAUCGUGAGCGUUCUCGUGAAAGAGACCGCAGUGAUCGUAGCGAACGUGACCGCGACCGUGAUCGUGAAAGAGAUGGCUCUAGACGUUCUCGUCCCCGCAAUAAAACUCCAGAGACAACCACUGACAAUUCAACGGAAAAUUCAAAGCGCUACUAUAACGAUGACCGUUACAGAUCUUCGGAUCGUGACCGUGAACGUGAUCGGGAUCGAGAGCGGCGUGAAGAGCACCGAUCACGUCAUUAAAACUACAUUGCAUACCGCGUCGUACCGGACAUUAUUUCUCUCUUGCAGCAAACGAGUGCACUCGUGUCCACCUGCAGUUGAAAGUGUAAAGCGUUAUUUUAUGGACUUCUCAUAUAAAGUGUUAAUCACUUUAGCUCUUCUCAAAACCCGUUUUAAGAACCUAUCUUACCUUCUAGUAAGUUCAAGCCUGUUUCGGUUUCCGUUAAACCUUUUUUAGCAUUUAGGGAUCAUAGUGAAAUUUGUUUGGUCAUUUUACUUACUCGGUUUUCGAGUAUGAUUGUGAACGGUUCUGUACUUGGUACCUAAGCUGGGUAUUAUGUACAUGCUCAACAUGAAUUAUUGAACAAAUUCAUGUAUAACUAUUGAAAAAAAAACGGGAGUAACAAAAUUUGAGAUUCUAUACACCCUACUCGUCCACUUCCAAUAGAAACUGUUUAGAAAUUAUUACACUGCUCCAUGCCGAAUAGAGAGUAUAGAUGUCACGAGUGGAUGCUGCAUAACUGUGGGACACUUCUAUCACCGUUUUUAUCACCUAAAUAAUCAACAUUGCGGAAAUCGGAGACGAAUAUUCAGUGACCUGCGGCGGCAGAUCCAGAGGUCUUAUGUGUCGAAAAUGCGGAGCAACAUCGCUCCCAGAAUAAUAGCUGUCAGUCUGCUACCACUGCGUUGAAGUUAUCCGGUGAAUCCAGCAGAAAGAAGAUUGUAUUCGAUAAUUGAUUGAUUAAACUAAUUACAAUGAUAUUCCAAAAAAAGAAAGAAAAGCAAACUGUA